AUGGCUUCAAACACGACAAACAACGAGGUACGAGGUUCACAUCAAAGGUUACAAACAUUGCUUCAUCAUCUCCAAUCAUCUUCCAAUUCCAAUUCCAAUUCCACGUCCACCAAUUCAUUCCAAAAUAUUUCAAUUUCAAAUUCCAAACCCAACAAAAUAGCAGCGGUUCUGAUUUGUUUGUUCGAAGGCCAAGAUGGGAAUCUGAGAGUCAUUCUGACGCAGCGUGCUUCUUCUCUAUCAACCCACGCCGGUGAGGUUGCUUUGCCAGGUGGAAAGAGAGAUGAAUGUGAUGCUGAUGAUGUUCAAACUGCGUUGAGAGAAGCUAAAGAGGAGAUUGGAUUAGACCCUUCUCUUGUUACUGUCAUUACUCUUCUUGAACCCUUUCAUACUAAGUACGGCAUCACAAUAAUACCGGUGGUCGGAAUACUGUCAAACAAGGAUGCAUUUUCUCCAGUUUUAGAUUCAGCUGAAGUUGAAGCCAUAUUUGAUGUCCCCUUGGAGAUGUUCCUCAAGAAUGAUAAUAGAAGAGCUGAGGAAAGAGAAUGCAUGGGAGAGAAGUAUCUUGUACAUUAUUUUGAUUACGAGGUAGACAGCAAAAAGUAUGUGAUAUGGGCCAUAACUGCUUCCAUCUUAAUUAGAGCUGCUACCCUUUUACUUCGGCGGCCGCCAGAUUUUCUAGAGCAGAGACCUAAAUUCUGGGGAGGAGUUACCGAAAAUGACACGAUGAUACUACAGAGGAGUAGUUCACAAUUGUAA